AUGAAGAAGAUUUAAGAGAGUAUUUAAAAAAAAGAAAGUAUUAAUCAAUAUUAUGUGUUAGAUUAAAUUGAUGCAAUGAUUAUAUUUAAAGAUUUUCUUUAUGGUAUAAAAACCAUAUUAAAAAUAAGAAUAAUUACAUCGAAAUAUAAAACCUGCAAAUCUUAUGAUCCUAAUGGAGAAUUGGAAUUGAUCCAUAUGUGGAUUCACUUAUUGAUACAAUCAAGAGUUCUUUAGUUGGGACUCCUCUUUAUAUGA